GGUCCCGGCUAUGUCCGCGUGAGGACGCCUCCGGCGCCGCCGCCGCCCCCAUCCCAUACUCGGCCCGGCCCGCCGUGCACCAUGGGCUCCAUCCUGAGUCGCCGCAUCGCGGGCGUCGAGGACAUCGACAUCCAGGCGAACUCGGCCUAUCGCUACCCCCCGAAAUCCGGAAACUACUUUGCCUCCCACUUUUUCAUGGGAGGUGAGAAAUUCGACACCCCCCACCCUGAAGGUUACCUCUUUGGAGAGAACAUGGAUCUGAACUUCCUGGGCAAUCGCCCAGUCCAGUUUCCUUACGUCACCCCUGCCCCCCAUGAGCCUGUGAAGACACUGAGGAGCCUGGUGAACAUCCGCAAAGACUCUCUCCGGCUCGUGAGGUACAAGGACGGUGCUGACAGCCCCACUGAGGACGGCGAAAAGCCCCGAGUCCUCUACAGCCUGGAGUUCACCUUCGAUGCCGACGCCCGGGUGGCCAUCACCAUCUACUGCCAGGCAGUGGAGGAGUUCCUGAAUGGGACGGCUGCGUACACCCCGAAGAGCCCGGCCCUGCAGUCCGAGACUGUCCACUACAAGCGGGGGGUGAGCCAGCAGUUCUCCCUGCCCUCCUUCAAGAUCGAUUUCUCAGAGUGGAAGGAUGAUGAGCUGAACUUUGACCUGGACCGGGGCAUGUUUCCAGUGGUCAUCCAGGCCGUGGUGGAUGAGGGGGAUGGUGUGGAAGUGACCGGCCACGCCCACGUGCUCUUGGCUGCCUUUGAGAAGCACGUCGACGGCAGCUUCUCUGUGAAGCCUUUAAAGCAGAAGCAAAUUGUGGACCGGGUCAGCUAUCUGCUGCAGGAGAUCUAUGGCAUUGAGAACAAGAACAACCAGGAGACGAAGCCCUCAGACGAGGAGAACAGCGACAACAGCAAUGAGUGUGUGGUGUGCCUGUCAGACCUACGGGACACGCUGAUCCUGCCCUGCCGCCACCUGUGCCUCUGCAACUCGUGCGCCGACACGCUGCGCUACCAGGCCAGCAACUGCCCCAUCUGCCGGCUGCCUUUCCGGGCCCUUCUGCAGAUCCGGGCAGUGAGGAAGAAGCCAGGAGCCCUGUCCCCCAUCUCCUUCAGCCCCGUUUUGGCCCAGAGCAUGGACCACGAUGAACAUUCUUGUCCCUUUAAAAAAUCAAAGUCGCACCCUGCCUCACUGGCCAGCAAGAAACCUAAAAGGGAAACAAGCUCCGACAGCAUCCCGCCUGGCUACGAGCCCAUCUCCCUGCUCGAGGCGCUCAACGGCCUUCGGGCCGCCUCCCCAGCCAUCCCCUCGGCCCCCCUUUAUGAAGAGAUCACCUAUUCGGGUGUCUCAGACGGCCUGUCCCAAGCGAGUUGUCCACUUGCUGGGAUCGAUCGGAUCAUGGAAAGCAGCCUCCAGAAGGGCAAGCUGAGGAGCAAAUCCCCUGACAGCACCCUGCGGUCCCCAUCGUCCCCCAUCCAUGAAGAGGAUGACUCGGAGGCCCCGCCCCCGCCGAGCGGGGCAGGGGUGGCGCUGAGCAGCUCCCCCGAGAGCUUCAUAACGGAGGAGGUUGACGAGACUUCAUCACUAAAGCAAGGAAGCCGAGUGCCAUCUAUCGAGAAUGUCCUGCAGGACAGCAGCCCCGAGCCCUGCAGCCGAGGCCAGCCCAGCGCAGCUGCAGACAUCUACCUGCCAGCCCUGGGGCCUGGCUCCUGCUCCGGUGGUUUAGAGAAGUAA